AACGCAGGCAAGCCAUUUGAAACUGUCAAGACAGCUAAAGUUGGAAACACAACAAGGAACGUGCUGGCAGAUACUCUAAUCUAAAACUCCACGAUGUCCUCAGACGAAGGGGAGCCGAGCAGUCCAGUCCUACCAAGGGACUCGGAUAGGGGCAGUUCGGUCUCUUCUGAACUGCAGGACGAGUAUGAGGAGCUCCUGAGGUAUGCGGUGGUCACUCCCAAAUUUGAGCCCCAUGCCACAUCCCAACUACAGCUCCUCUGUGCUUCUCAUCUGUCUGCGGGCAGACCGAGUUCCCGUGCCAACGAUGAUGCUAGAUCUUAUCGCUCUGCAGGUUCAGCAUCUGAGGUGGAGGAUGGGCGACGUAGCAGGGAAGUGAGAUCAGCGAGGGCCUCCCCUCUUAUAACGGAACCCUGCACUCACCCGCCAGGAGAGGAGACGGCCGGCAGGUCGUCGGCGGCGUCGGACGCGCUCUCCGACCGACAGCAGACGCCGUCCGAGAGGUCCCGUCACAGCAGCCCGGCUCCCCUGGUCACCGUGGUGACCGACCUGUUUAUCUCCGAGGAGAACAUGGGCAAGAUGGAGAACAUUCUAGACACGUGGGGCGACAACCUAAAGGCCAACGUGCUCACGGAGCUGAGGAAAUGGAAGGUGGCCUUUGUGGAGCGGCACAAGCUGGAGCUGAGGAAGGAGAGAGAGACGCACGCCGCCCAGGUGGCCGGCCUCAACGCCCAGAUGGACAGCAUGAGGGAACUGCUGCAGACCUACGAGACCUCCAACCAGAGGAAGGAUGAGGUGAUAGUGAACCUGAGCCAGGCGGUGGACAGACAAAGGGAGAGGCUGGAGCUGAUGAGAACCUUCACCCACUGGAGACUUCAGCACAGCGAGGCCAGGGUUGAGGUCCAGCGUGGCCGGCUGGCGGAGCAGCACCACCGCCUGCAGCUGAAGAGGAAGGUGUGGGCAGGCUGGCAUUCCCUCAUCCAGGCCAAGUGGAAGGAGCGGGUGGAGAGGGCAUGUCGCGCCAGGGCGGAGGAGGUCUGCCUGCGCAUGUCCACCGACUACGAGGCCAAGAUGGCCGAGCACGUGGAGGCGUUGGAGAAGGCCCAGGCUGAGAUUCAGAGGCUGCGCGUGGAGAGGGGACACUACGAGGACUCCAUGAAGAAGGCCUUCAUGCGGGGCGUGUGCGCCCUCAACAUGGAGGCCCUCAGCAUGUUCCAGUCUGGGGAGGGACGCGGCCUGGAGCUGGACCCGCACGAUGCUCCUCCCCCACGGGAUGAUCCUGGCUCCGGGUCAUUGGGCCACCUCCAGCCUCGAUCAGCCUCCACGCGGUUUAGCCCAAUCAACUUCGACCCCCCUGCGUCCCACAGUGAAGCAGAGGAGACUUUGGGCUUCAUUGCACCAGUGUCCAGGGCUGAGGCCUUGCCCUCCACUCAUGUCAUCCACAGCUCCCUACCACCAGGGGGCAGCGCCUGCUCCCACACACAGGUGGGCACGCGGGUGGUCACCUCCAGCCAGCAGAAAGCCACCAGGACGGUGAGCGCCCGCAUCACGGCGCGCUCAGACCUCGCCAAGUCCAUGCGCCUCCCCAGCAACCUCCAGGUGAUGGGCGUGGCUCCGCCCAUGAGCUCCGUCAUCGUGGAGCGUCAUCACCCUGUCACUCAGCUCACUGUGGGUCAGGCCACAGCAGCCAAGUUCCCCCGCUCCUCCCAUCAGGGUCAGGUUCCCUCUGGCUCCAAGAGCUCUUCCAGAACACACUCAACCUGCCAUGUGCACUCCAUCAAAGUAGUAGAGUGAACACACAC